GCCGUGGGCAGCGGGAGCCCGGGCCGAGGCGGCAGCCGAGGUUGUGGAUUCUUUUAAGUGGGCGCAGCUAGCUGCUCUACGGUUCUCCGUGAUUUUUAAGAAGACUUUUUACAGUGAGUUUUCUAUCCGCCUUUUUGGAGUCUCUCCCUGGGCUCCUAUGGCCCGGUGAGGUUGCGCUUACUCCUUCCCUGCGUUUUUGUGGAGCCCCUUGGUUUCCCACUGUGGGGUCUCUCUCUUUCAUUGCAAAGGAAUUCUCUGUGUUUUUGUAUAUACUUUUUCUAUUUUUGUGUGAAAACCUGUUUCAGGGAGCCUUAGUCAGCCUAAAAGGCUUUAAAGGAAGCAACCAGCAGCAGUGGCCAGUCCCUUCACAAUGUGGACUUUCCUGGGUAUUGCCUCCUUCAUCUACGUGUAUAAGAAGUGUGGGGACCUGAUGACUUAUGCUAAUAAGGAGGUGCUCCUGUCCGUGUUAGUGUUUUUCUCCCUUGGCUUGCUGCUAUCGUAUAGGUAUCGCUUCAGAGGGCCCAAGCAACAGCAGCAGCAGAAGUCCCACUUGGGGAUGCUCUCUCAUGUGCUCUCAGCUUUACCGCUCGUUGGCUUCUUCUGGGCCAAACCCACCCCAGGAUCUCAACAAGUUGAACAACCCAAAUCCCGAAAGGGCAGAAGAGAAGUGAACUUCUCAGAUUUACAUAUGACAGAGACUGCUCCAAAUACAACAUUAUCACCUCAGUAUGAUCCAGAAAUUAUCAUUGUGGGUUCAGGUGUCCUUGGUUCUUCUUUGGCUGCGGUGCUCUCGAGGGAUGGAAGGAAGGUGACUGUCAUAGAGAGGGAUCUGAAAGAACCGGACAGGAUAGUUGGAGAACUGUUACAACCUGGAGGUUUUAAUGCCCUUAGAGACUUGGGUCUUGAAGAUACAGUGAAAGAUAUUGAUGCGCGAGUAGUAAAUGGUUACAUAAUCCAUGACAUAGAGAGCGAGUCGGAGGUUGAAAUUCCUUAUCCAACAUCUGAAGAUGGCCACGUGGCUAGUGGAAGGUCAUUUCGUCAUGGCCAGUUCAUCAUGAGUCUCCGAAAGGCAGCUAUGGCAGAACCCAAUGCAAAAUUCAUCGAAGGCACUGUGUUGCAGUUGCUUGAGGAGGAAGACUGUGUAGUGGGUGUUCAAUACAAGGACAAAGAAACUGGAGAUAUUAAGGAGCUCCAUGCACCACUUACUGUUGUUGCUGAUGGACUUUUCUCCAAGUUCAGGAAAAAUCUGAUCUCCAGCAAAGUUACUGUUUCAUCCCAUUUUGUUGGCUGCAUUUUGAAGGCUGCACCACAGUUUAAAGCUAAUUAUGCUGAACUUGUUUUAGCUAAAACUAGUCCAGUGCUAAUCUAUCAGAUUUCUUCAACUGAGACUCGGGUCCUUGUCGAUAUUCGAGGGGAAAUGCCAAAAAAUUUAAAAGAAUACAUGAUUGAACACAUUUAUCCACAACUACCUGAUCACCUAAAGGAACCAUUCUUAAUAGCAGUUCAGAAUGAUCGCUUGAGGACUAUGCCUGCAAGCUUCUUGCCUCCUUCAGCUGUUAACAAAAAAGGAGUUCUUCUUUUAGGAGAUGCGUAUAAUAUAAGGCACCCUCUAACUGGUGGAGGAAUGAGUGUUGUUUUAAACGAUGUUAAAAUAUGGAGAAGUUUGCUCCAGAAUAUUCCAGACCUUUAUGAAGAUUCUGAAAUUCUUCAGGCAAAAAGAACGUUUUACUGGACAAGAAAAAAGUCUCAUUCUUUUGUUGUGAAUGUUCUUGCACAGGCCCUGUAUGAACUUUUUGCUGCCACAGAUGAUUCCUUGCAUCAGCUAAAGAAAGCCUGUUUCCAUUACUUUAGACUUGGUGGCGAGUGUGUCUCAGGUCCUGUUGGAUUGCUAUCUGUGUUAUCUCCUAAACCAAUGGUACUGAUUGGUCACUUCUUUGCUGUGGCGCUAUAUGCUGUUUAUUUUUGCUUUAAAUCAGAGUCCUGGAUCACCAAACCUCGAGCAUUCCUCAGUAGUGGAGCUGUCCUUUACCGGAGUUGCUCUAUAAUAUUUCCACUUAUUUACUCUGAAAUGAAAUACUUGGUGUAUUAAAUUCCAGGGGGAAAUGACUGAAGGAAGACGACAUGAAAGUCACGAUGCCUUUAAAAUCUUGGAACAUGUACUAUUUAAUAUUGUAUUAUGUUUUUUUUCUCUUUAAAACGCAAUUUUCCUGUUCAGGUCUGGCUUAAUUUUGGUUACAUAUCCAUAUAUUAUAUGUAAAUAUCCUUUCCUUUGCAAUUUAAAUUUAAAAAUGAGUUAGCUGUUUACAAGGACCAUAAUUUAGCGUUGACAUUUGAUAGAUAAUUGCCAGUCUCGUCGGAAAAUUCAUUCCUCACUUUAUCCAUUGCCUAGAGUGUGCCACUAAUAUUAAUAAACUGAAAAGUGAAAAAUGUAAACCAUAUGCUGCUAUUAUCCUUCAUGCUUUUUUCUGUUCAGUAGUUCCAUAGACUGUUUCUUUAUUAAUGUGAAAUGUUGUCAGAAAAUUCUUGGUUUGUGUUAUUUCAUUAGAAAUAUUUGCCUCUGUUGUAUUUCAGUUGCAGCUAAGAUACUAGUCUACUGACAUUUAAAAGGACACUGUAAAGGAUUUCAGAUUGUGAAGUGUCACCAUAUCUUUAAUUUUGAUCACUGUUGCAAAUGUCAUGUUGCUUUUCUGAAAUAAUUUUUAAACCAGAAUUACUUUCAACAAUU